AUGCUGCGAGCCAUCAAUGCCGCCGGCCUGAACUACGUCUCCCCCAAGCGACACAUCGUCGGAGGUGCUAGCCUGUUGGAGUGCAAGCAGCGGAUUGAGAAGUCGUUGUCGCCCGCUUCAAAGUCGUGGAAGGAGACGGGCGUGACGAUCGCCAGCGACAUGAUGCAAGAUGAGGGCGGCCGCGCGCAGAUGAACAUCAUCUGCAUCAACGACAGUGGAGUUGUCUUCAUCGAGGCGGUCGACUGCAAGGCGGUGACAAAUAGUAGCGUGUUCAUCGCCGGCGUCCUGCGACCGAUCAUCGAGUGCAUCGGGGCAGAGCACGGUGCAGCUGACGCGGGGCCUAGUGUGGUGGGAAGGAGGGGUAUGGUGGUGGAGGGGAACAUUCCCCCCCUUCCCCUCCCCGAGGGGUACAAGUUGGAGGAGGAUGGGGAGGUAGAGGCAGACGAGGACGAUGUGUGCCUCGAUGAGAGGGAGGGGCAAGAGGAGGAGGAAGAGGAGGAGGAGGAAGGGGAGGAGGAAGGGGAGGAGGAGGAGGAAGGGGAGGAGGGGGAGGAGGAGGAGGAGGAGGAGGAGGAGGAGGAGGAGGAGGAGGAGGAGGAGGAGGAGGAAGAAGAGGAAGAGGAGGAGAGCUAG